AUGGAUCAAGUGGACAUGUUCUUUACCCACGUCCCUCCGGUGACCCGGGUGUGCCUUAUAGCUUCCACUGUGCUAAUGGCGCUGUGCACGCUUGAAAUUAUAUCUCCCUUUUCCUUAUACAUGAACUGGCAGCUCGUCUUUACGCAUGGACAAGUGUGGCGCCUAAUCACUUGCUUUCUUUUCUUCGGAACGUUUUCACUCCACUUUUUCUGGAAUGUUUACGUCCUUAUUUUCUACUGCUCAACACUAGAGGAGCAUCGUCGCAGCGCAACGUUCCUUUGGAUGCUGAUAUGCACUGGGAGCCUCCUUCUGGCAUUUUCCUACAUCUUUGGAGUAAGCUCAUACUUCUUCAGCGGCUCGAUGAUCAACGUCGUAACGUACAUUUGGGGUCGCCGUAAUCCAAGCACACGCCUUUCAAUUUUCUUCAUGCCUGUGCAAGCCCCCUACCUUCCAUUUCUGCUCGCAUUACUGUCUCUUUUGGUGGGGUGGAACAUGGCAGAUCAUCUGGUGGGCAUUGCUGUAGGCCACUUUUACUAUUUUUUCGAAGACGUGUAUCCCCUUUUGCCCACGAGCAAAGGCUUCCGCAUUUUCCGCACGCCGCGUCCCUUAAUGUGGCUUCUGAAGCAGUCCGAGAAUUAG